GCAAGAUCUUGCAGAGGGAACACAGGUUGAAAGGAAAGGCCACUCUCACCAGGAUGUCUAUGAAACUCACUGUUAUUCUCCUGCUGCUUCAGCUGAGUAGUUACUUUGGUUCUGGGAGCUGUGGCAAAGUGCUGGUGUGGCCCAUGGAAUACAGCCACUGGAUCAACUUAAAGACCAUCCUGGAUGUACUUGUCCAAAAGGGACAUGAGGUGACUGUUUUGCGAUCUUCAGUUUCAAUGUCUUUGGACGUGGAGAAGGAAUCUGCUAUUAAAUUUGAGACAUAUCCUACAUCACUAUCUAGAGAUGAUUGGGAGUACAUGUUUACAAAUGGACUCAGUAAAUUGAUUUAUGAACUACCAAAAGAAUCAAGUUGGACAUAUUUUUCAGUGUUGCAAGAAUUAGUGUGGCUAGAUUCUAAUUACAUGGAAAUUAUUUGUAAAGAAUUAGUUCUGAACAAGGAACUUAUGUCAAAGCUACAAGAACCAAGUUUUGAUGUUCUUCUUGCAGAUGCCUUGAGUCCCUGUGGUGAGCUGAUUGCCGAGCUGCUGCAUAUACCCUUUGUGUACACUCACCGCUCAUUUCCUGGCUACACGUAUGAAAAGUACAGUGGAAAACUUCCAUUCCCUCCUUCCUAUGUGCCUAUGGCUGUGUCAGAGUUAACUGAUCAAAUGACAUUCAUGGAGAGGGUAAAAAAUAUGAUAUAUGUGCUUUAUUUUGAUUUUUGGUUCCAAACAUUUAAUGAGAAGAAAUGGAAUCAGCUCUACAGUGAAGUAUUAGGAAGACCCACUACAUUAUCAGAGAUAAUGGGGAAAGCAGAAGUAUGGCUCAUUCGAACCUACUGGGAUUUGGAAUUCCCUCGCCCAUCCUUACCCAAUUUUGAUUUUGUUGGAGGACUCCACUGCAAACCUGCCAAACCUCUGCCUAAGGAAAUGGAAGAUUUUGUGCAGAGCUCUGGGGAACAUGGUGUUGUGCUGUUUUCUCUGGGAUCGAUGGUUGGGAACAUGACAGAAGAAAGAGCCAACAUAAUUGCAUCGGCCCUUGCUCAGAUUCCACAAAAGGUGAUAUGGAGAUUUGAUGGCAAGAAGCCAGAUACCCUAGGACCCAACACUCAGCUGUACAAAUGGAUUCCUCAGAAUGACCUUCUUGGUCACCCCAAAACCAAAGCCUUUAUGACUCAUGGUGGAACCAAUGGCAUCUAUGAGGCGAUCUACCAUGGUGUCCCUAUGGUGGGCAUUCCUCUGUUUGGGGAUCAACUGGAUAACAUUGUUCACAUGAAGGCCAAGGGAGCAGCUGUUGGAUUGGAUUUCAUCACAAUGACAAGAACAGAUUUGCUCAAUGCACUGGAGACUGUCAUUGAUGAUCCUUCCUACAAAGAGAAUGCCAUGAGGCUAUCAAGGAUUCACCAUGACCAGCCACUGAAGCCUCUGGACCGAGCAGUCUUCUGGAUCGAGUUUGUCAUGCGCCACAGAGGAGCCAAGCACCUUCGUGUUGCUGCCCACAACCUCUCCUGGUUCCAGUACCAUUCUUUGGAUGUGAUUGGGUUCCUGCUGGCCUGUGUGGCCACUGUGAUUUUCAUCCUCAGUAAAUGCUGUCUGUUUUGUUACCAAAAGUUGGCAAAGACUGGAAAGAAGAAAAAAAGGGAGUAGUUUUAUCUGCCUGAAGUUGGCAGUACUAAUGGGUGGGAAUUAUAUACUUGAAACUUCACCCAGUUUAUUCCAGUAAGGAGAGGUUGU